CAUUCGCAGAGAAAAGUCUCUCCUUAAAGACGUAGAGUAGCGUAAUGUAUCCAUCACAGAGCUGAGGGGAAAAAGAGGAAAAGGACUUCGAUCCGAGAGCAGGAUAGCCCCGAUGUGCGCAUAGAGUGAGCUCUGCGUAAAGAUCCGCAGGCUGUAGAGAUAAGUUGAAAUUUACUUUGACAAGAAUAGUUUGUACCUCUUUGAUCGCUCAUGCGUGCAACCGGUUAGGAGUUUAAUUAAGAGGUAAUUUGACUUCUCUCGCGCACAAACAGGAACAACACCAUUUGUGCAUCCUAGAGCUUUUACAGUUGGAGCCUGUGUUGUUUGUGGAAGACAUGGCUAAGUUAUUCCGGGCUGCUAUAAUGGGUCCACCAGGAUCAGGGAAAGGAACAAUAUCCAAGAGGAUUGCGCAAAGCUUUGGCCUGCAAUAUCUGUCCAGUGGCCACUAUCUGCGAGAGAGCAUAGCAGCAAAUACAGAGGCAGGUGUGCUGGUGAAGACCUACGUAGAAAGAAGCAUGCUGGUGCCUGACCAUGUUAUGACCAGACUGAUGCUGCCCCGACUGGAACAGCUGAGCGGCCACAGCUGGCUGCUGGACGGUUUUCCCCGGACUCUGACACAGGCCCGAGCCCUGAACAGUUUGUGUCAGCUCGACUUGGUCAUCAGCCUCAACAUCCCCUACGAGACUCUGAGGGAGAGACUGAGCGAUCGCUGGAUCCAUCCAGCCAGUGGUAGAGUCUACAACAUGGGCUUCAACCCGCCACGAGUGCAGGGUAAGGAUGACAUCACCGGUGAGCCACUGAUUCAGCACGAUGAUGACAAACCAGAAGCCCUGAUGGCCAGACUGAGACACUACAAAGAUGUGGCCAAGCCUGUCAUAGACUUAUACAAGUCACAGGGAGUCCUGCACUCAUUUUCUGGUACAGAGACGGACCGGAUUUGGCCUUAUAUCAACUCCCUCCUCAGCACCAAGAUGCACACACAGCCAUCGGAUGCCUUCCAAACCCAGACACCCUGACACUUCUCUGAAUGAAAACACCAGAGGAAACAUCAAGAAGCUGCCAGAGGAAGUGGGGUGAUGUUUCUACUUGCUGGCCUCAGCUUUGAGUUUCCUCAUUAAUAAUGAGGUUUAAUGAGUAAUGGACAAGGUUGCUGAUCAAAACUGUAGUCGACCAACAUCACUCACUUGUUGUUUUUUUAAAUCGAUGGUUUUGUGCAAAGCUUUAUUGAUUGUGUUGAUUUAUGCGUUAUUAUAGUGAAAUGUCCAGAUAUUUCAAGGAAAUAUCAAAACUGAUCAUUUAUGUAAAUCAUAGUUUUACACAAGCACUCGACAUGAAGCAAUUCUUAAAAAGGAAAAGAAGAUAAUUCAAUGCAAUUGUUCCGGUUUCCACACAUUGAAUUUAAAUUAUAGCUCAUUUAGUCAAUCUGUGGUAACCAGAAGUUAAAAGAAAAAGUAAAUAACAUAUAGAAAGGAUUCCCUUCAUUGUAGUUCUCCAGUAUCAAGAUUUUAUUACUAGAAACCAAAGCUAACUCCAACAAUAUUAAACCAAAAAAACAGAAUAUUAAAGGACCAGUGUGUAGGGUUUAGUGGAUUCUAGUGGUGAAGUUACAGAUUGCAACUAACUGAACACUGCUCACGUCUGAAUUUUAGGACCUGAGAAUUAGAACCGGCUGUGGAGUGUGAAGGAGAAACUACAGUGUCAGCGCAACUCGCAAAAAUGGCUUUAUCUACAGCUAGCGUUUGGUUUUUCCAGGAAGGCGAUUCGCCACAUCUGUAGAUAGAAACUGCUCAUUCUAAGGUAAAGGAAACACAACAUUUCCUAUAUUUAGUUGACUAUACGCUAAUGAAAACAUACCUAUGAGCAUUAUAUUCCAUUUUUUCCAAUAGAUCCUCCUAAAUGUUACACGCUGGACCUUUAAGUGUUCGACACAUUAAAUAUGUGAUAUCAAAAUAUAUAAAAUUAUUGUUGUCAUGAAAAUAAAACUUUAAACAAAAGCAGACAUAGGAAAUAUUAUAUACAUUAUAAUAUUGUUACAGAUUCGAUUUAUUGCACUAUAAAUUAUAUUUUUAUAAUCAAGAAAACAAUACUACAUUGCUGCCUUUAUGAAUAUACUAAUUGUGGAGUAAAACCCUUCAAUUAUCCUCCAAUGUGCAAGUGCAAGUUGUAAUUUUUCAUUGAGCAGAAUCCACAUAACAAAAUCAGUCUGAUUUGUCUCACCGCAGCCUCAUGUGACAGAUUCAAUGAGGGCAAUACUGACAUUAUUCAUGAACCAAAAUCAAUCUUGGAAAGGCUGUUACAUAUGUACAUAUUCCGUAGAACCAGUUUUUAGUCCGCUCAGUGUUUAAUAUCCAUCAAUUACACCAAUAAUGUGCACUGAAUAAACUGCUCUUCUUUACCUUCGUACUGAAAUGCUGCAGAAUCUUAUGCAAUCUGUAGCUGUUAACAUGCAGUAGUAUCCACUGGGCUGGUGUUGGACUGGUGCAAGGAACCCUAAUAAUCACUCUACAGCACAAUCUGUGGCUGGGAUGAAGACCAAUGCACAGAAUAUAGUGCCUUCAAUGUUGUUACAUUCCUUUAAAUGUAGGAUGUUGCUGUGAGAUUUCAAUCACCAAAAUGUCACAGAUUGUUGUUCAUAAAAUGUAAUGUUUUUGCAGCGUUUGUUCAACUUUUAAAAUACUGCUGGAUUUAACUUUAAUAAGGAACAGGUCACUUUUAUGAUUGUGUCAUAUGUAAGGGUCUUAUUUUUUGAAUGUAUAAAUCACUGUUGCAGGAUAACUUUUCUUAUUAAGUGAUUGGUUAAUGUGUAAAUUAUUUCUCACCCUACAGAAUAUCUUGUGGUUCAUCAUUAUAUUUCCACCCAGUGGCACAACAUGUGAGUUUGCCUUUUACAGUAACUUAAGCACACUAGUGACCAACCUGUGCAACAAAUAGGCUUUAUUUGUAUUUUCCAGCUCCAGUUAAUGCUGCAGUUUUUAAACAAAAUGUGACCAUCUAAAUUCAUUAUGAAGCUUCAAAAUGGCAGCAUACACUAAUUCAGGGAUUGGCAAUGAAUAACCCAUUACAUGCAAACAUUAUUUUUUUUAUAAUUUCUUUUAUGAGAUCAAAACUGCCUAUGUAAUGUUUUUUGUGGAGUUUUUGUUUUCUUUAUCUAAGGAUAGUGGGUGUGUUUGAGACAAUGGCAGACCAAAGAUACAUAAAAGACGCACCCUGACUUUUUUACUCUUUUUUGCUUGAGUGACAAUAGGAUGAGUCAGCAAUUCGUGUCAGUGGCAUGGGCUAAAGUCUGAAAUCUGUAGAUGUUGAUUUGAUAAAGCAGGGAUGUGUAGGAACCUCUGUUUUAAACUUUGGUUUCAUGUUGGGGAGCACAGUGUGCCUUGAUGAUCAGUGUGUGUUGUUGAAUGAAUGGGCGUGGUGCAAAAAUGUUGAGUUGUGUAUGACCACACCCCACUGCUGUUGUGUAACGCUACAGUGGGUUUUUUCGUUCCUAUUUUUAAACCAUGCUGUCCAAACAUGUUACAUUCCAGGGCCAAUAAAACUUGUUUCACAUGGCCACUUC